AUGUAUGCCACUGCGCUCAGCGAGUUGCAGGAGCUGGAAUCGGAGCCCUUAUGCCACCGUACUGCGGCUCGCCUUUUGAUCAACAACUGUCAACUACUCGAUGGCCGGAAUGAUGCAACAAUGUUGACUGAUAGUGGAAGGGCGGCUCGUGAUUUUGUCGACUCAUAUGCUGCAAGCCUAGCCAUAUGUGACUUGGAAAGAGGAAGCUUCACUAUCCCCUCCUCUUGCUCCAAGUUUCAAGAAUCGAUACUCGCCCGUAUGUCGCCGCCGACCAAGCCACAACUACACGUAACGACAUCCGAGAUCGAUGGCUGCCUCGAGGGACUGGCACAGUCAGAUUCCGCCUGGAAUACUUGGGUGAGCUAUCGCCACAAGACGUUGCGAUUUUGCGAAGCAGCUCGUGCGGAUAACGAGAAAGAUCAAAAUAUUCGACUCCAUCAGAGGCUGACUAGUAUACUUGCGAAAUUGACGACACAGCUCGAAGAAGAGAUGGAGGCACGGUUUCGAUCAAUGAACAAAAUGUUUGAGGAAGCAGGAGCCACUGUGGAGAAUCUAAAGCCUCAUGUGAAUCAUCUCAAGAAUAGCAUCACAGAGGUAGAUGCGCUCUUCAGAGACCACAUAGUUCAAAACGUACAGCAAUCAGCGGACUUUGUCACUCAUGGGCUUGGAGAGGCAAGGCAAUUACAAACACUGCUAUCCAUGCUGGUCGACGUGACACAAAAUCAGAGUCACGAUUUAACAACUUCUCAUGAGUCUGCUUUACAAGAGGCUACAAUACGGAUCACCAAUGAAGUAGAUAUCAUUUUGGGAGCGCUUGGCGCGGCAAUCGCCUCGUCCACAUCUCUGCAUAGAGAAAUUGAAAUCUCGCAGUCUGCAGCUGCAGCAGUUGCGUUGAGACAGGAGAGCAUAGAGACGAGCAUGAAAAAACUCGAAAGGUUAGCUGACUCUUUACUGGCUCAGCACAAAGGCCACCAGGAACAGCUUGUUUCUGCCCAGCAAACAGCUUCGGAUCUGAUAGACAUUCUGGACUCGGCUUCUUCAUCAGCCGUUACCCUUCGUGGCACAAUCUACAGCAGCUUUGGCUGGGGUUCUUGGUGGCCGCACGUAUUUUGCCCACUCACGUCUCUGGUUGUUGGGUCGUAUGGACUCCCACCUUCUGCAACACGAAACAUUAUGCUCAUCAGUUUAGGUGAGUGA